GGCUAGGAACUACUUAUAUUGGCCUGGUGUUCCUCCGGAUGAUGUUAUUGUAGGGGAACAGCUACGCUUUCAUAAGGAAAUUUAUACAUUUAUAUCAUACGUUAAUAUUUAAUAAAGAUGGAGGACCAAGAAAUGCAGUUGAAAGUAAAAAGAGUGACUGAUAAAUUCACAGAGAGCAUGUACGUGUUGGCCAAUGAACCGUCGAUAGCGCUUUACAGGUUGCAAGAGCACGUCAGGAGAUCCCUGCCAGAGCUCGUACAACACAAGACAGACAUGCAGAGUUGGGAGGAACAAAGUCAAGGGGCAAUCUACACUGUUGAAUAUGCAUGCAGUGCGGUGAAAAGCAUGACAAAUAGUAGUCUCUAUUUCAAGAACAUAGACGGUCUGCUCCGGCAAGCCAUUUCACUGAAGGAACAGAUCAGCAGCUCACAGGGUCGAAGGUUGUAGUCACUAUCCAUUUUAAUGCAAUUACAUUCAUUUACGUUAUUAUUAUUUAUUUAUUUCGUUUUAGUUUUAUAUAUCACUUCACUGUUAAAUGUGAAUGUGGCAUUGACCUCCUGUAAUUUUUCUUUGCUUGUUUGCUUCACUU